UGGACACACAUUUUUGUGUGCAACUUUAAUAAACUUCAUUAAUUCAUCAUAUUUUUCCUCUGUCACCAUAGGCAUGUACUGCUCCAACAAAGGUCUUCAACAUGUCAGAACCAGGUUGUACAGCCCAAAAUGACCUUCCAAAUCCCAUGCCUCAGUCAGAAGGUCCUGCACCGGCUACUCCAGCCCCAGGACUCCAGACAGAUGAUCAGUCACCUCCAGUUCAGCCACCUUUGUAUCAGUCUGAACAGAUUUAUGAAGUUGUUCUCGAGGGUCAUGGAGAACACACAUACAUGUGUCCUGAUUCAGCUCCUCCACCUGCUGGGCUUCAGCCAGAUAAUCAACCACCUCCAGUUCAGCCCGUCAUGAAUCCGUCUGUUCCAAUUAAUGCAGUGCCUUACAUGAUUCAGCCGUAUAAAGGCUAUCCAGUCCAGAGCUACCUUCCAAAUGCCAUACCUCAGACAGCAGGACCUGGACCGGUUCCUCUAGCCGUGGGGCUAGAGCCACAGAAUCAACCACUUCCGGUUCAGACAGUCAUGAAUCUGCCUGGUCCAAUGCCAUACCUCAGACAGCAAGACCUGGACCGGUUCCUCUAG